GUGUUGCGCGCACUCAGUCCACCACUUACCGGUAACGCGCACGCUCGCGCGCGAACUCAUGCGCACCGAACUUUUAAUCGAAUCUUAAUAACAAUUAAGUUUAGCAGUUAUCGGUGAUUUGAGAUGGCCAAGUGCCUUGUGUUUGUGAUCGGUGUUCUCGGACUUGGUUGCCAGGUUGGCUAUGGGCAACACAAAUACGACAACUACACACUUGUACGCUUAAUACCAAACCAUGACCAGCACCUACAGAAGUUGUCGGAAUUAUCCUUAAACGAAGCAGCCUCCCACGGAGAAGUGGAAAUCUUGAAGAGAAGUUUCGGAGUCAAUGACAGCACGGAUGUUCUGGUGUCUCCGAGGAGUAAGCAGCUGGUUGAACAGUUCGCAGUGAAAAAUGGAAUGCCUAUAGUGACGAAACGUGAUUAUGGCAGAUCAUUUGAAGCACCACAACGCGAGUCAAGAAGACGAUUCCAAGAAGGCUUUAGUGUGUAUGGAUAUAAUAGUUUUGAUUCCAUCAACAAAUACCUAGACGAGGUGGCACUCCGAAAGCCGGACUUAGUGAGACUCCAGCCCCUAGGCUACAGUUACCAGCGACGCGCCAUGCGUCUUGCCAAGAUCUCUAAAGACCCCAGCGCUGGAAACCCCAUCAUUUUCAUUGAUGCAGGUAUCCACGCUCGCGAAUGGGUGGCGCCUGCCAUGGCCACGUACAUCAUCCACCGCCUGGUGACCGAUGGGCGAGGCCACGAGCUGGACGGAGUGGACUGGUACAUCCUGCCCGUCGUCAACCCUGACGGGUACGAGUACACGCGCAGCUCCCGAUCUCAACGCUUAUGGAGAAAAACUAGAUCAAAGACCUCCCAUAACUGCUACGGAGUGGAUGGCAACAGGAACUAUGGCUUCAAGUGGGGUGUCAGUGGCGUGUCCAGCGACCCUUGCGACAGGGAAACCUACGCCGGCCCCAAACCCUUCUCUGAACCAGAAACGCAGAUGGUCCGCAAUGUCAUGAUGGAAAAUCGCGAACGGAUUAAACUAUACGUGUCACUGCAUGCUUAUGGACAGUACUUGGUGUAUCCUUGGGGGUAUACUGGCGGCAGUUUACCAAAGACAUGGCAGAAGUUGGACAGCCUCGCGCGGAAGGUAUCCAAGGCCGUGCAAAGAGCUGGUGGGCAACCGUUUAAAGUCCUGAGCGCCGGGGAGUGGUACCCCGCGGCAGGAGGCAGCGAUGACUACGCGUUCGGGGCUAUAGGGAUUCCCUACUCGUACACAAUGGAGCUGACCGACGGCUACGAGUUCAUAUAUCCUGAGAAUAAUCUGGCAAAAAUUUUGCCGCAGCUGUACGAAGGUUUUAGGAUAUUUGCUGAGCAAAUAAAAGAUGAAUUUGGUCGUAGUUAAAAUUAUAUUUUAUUUUAUGUAUACUUACCUAAGGAAGUUCUCAAAUAUUAUUUAUGUUUACUAAAAUCGAUAUGAGUUACUUAUCUGGAACUCUUAAGUCAAGGAUAGAUCUAUUUUAUACGCAUACCUUAGUUCCGAAAGUUCUUUCCAAUUCCCUGUUAUAUAAUGCUGGGAUGAGAAAAUAAACUUAGUCGCAAUAGGCAUGGAACUGCCUGGUAAUAAGUGUCUAAUGCCUUAAGAUGAGGGUAGAAACAACAAACCAAUUCUUAAACGAAAAAGUUCGACUUUGAAGUCUGCAACCUUCCUUUUUUGUAUGUAUUUCUUGAGACAAGCUUUAAUUAUAUAAAUGUUCUGAGCUAGCCAUCAAACGUUACGAGACGUCCUAUUUUAGAGGCUGCAAUUGCAACAUUGUAUUAGAUUAAUAAAUGCAAAUCUACGAUUGUCUAUGUCAGCAAUUUCCGUUUAGUUUGUACAUUUGGAUCACGUCUCCGAUUUGGAUAAAAAUUGUUAGGCUGAUAGAGUCCAUGAUGCUGAGAGAUCCACUAGGUUUCCCAAAAUGUCCUAGGUUGAUUGUAUGAAACUUUCCUUUUUUUACCGAAAAUGUAUAGAAAUCUGGUAAUUGCACAUGUAUUGACUAUUGAUAUUUGAAAUCAACAUGUGCAACAAAAUAAAAGCUUGCAAGAAAUAUUGAAUAAUAAACAAUACUUGAUACUA